CACCCUGUAAAAAUGUGUCAAACGGGGUGUCGAAUGUUACAGUGUUUUUGAUAGUUUAGUAAUACAAAAUUAAUGCUGAGGUGUACGGCGAUGAGUGUGCGGAUGUGAGAAAUAUUUUAAGACGUUCGGUCAGGUGGUUUUUGUAUAAUUAAAUAAAAGAGCACGAUUUUUUUCCACAUUCGGCACUUACGAAAUGGUCUCAGUCCUCAAAAUUGUGUUUUUCAACUGUUUUUGUGCAUUUGUUGCUAGUACAGCAGCAUCUCGGGUAAUAGAACUCAGUGACAGAUUCCUUGACAUUCACAAGGAGGGGCAAUGGCUUGUGAUGAUGUAUGCACCCUGGUGUGCGCACUGCAAGAGACUAGAUCCAAUCUGGGCUCAUGUUGCUCAGAAUCUCUAUGCCAGCAAUAUUCGAGUCGGCCGAGUUGACUGCACAAGGUUCACUGCCGUUGCUCAACAUUUUAAAAUUCGAGGCUUUCCUACUAUUUUAUUUUUGAAAGGAGAACGGAAAUUCACCUACAACGGUGACCGCACGCGGGAAGAAAUAGUCAAAUUCUCCCUUCGCCUCACAGGUCCUCCAGUGCAAGAGAUCACAAAAACUGAAAGUUUCGACAUGAUAAAAAGCUCCCAAGGUUUAUAUUUCUUAUACGUAGGCGAACGAUCGGGUCACUUAUGGGACAUAUACCACAGGACAGCAGAUGCUUUCCAGCCCCACGCAUUUUUCUACCAAACCCAUCCCGCAGUGGUGGACAAGCACGCCCCCGUGGAAAAGCUCCCCUCGAUCUUCAUCUACAAGGAAAACGUUCAUUACAAUUUCACAGGGUACAAUCACAGUGACCUUGAGAAGCUAAACGCCACAGUGUACAAUUGGGUGAACGCAGAACGUUUUUCUACGUUUCCAAAAGUGACUCGAGGCAACAUAAACCAAUUAUUUCUGACAAAUAAGUAUUUAGUACUGGCAGUUGUAGAGGAAAAUGCAGUUGAAGAUGUAGCUCCAGACAUGCUGGAGUUUCGUGACAUGGUAGAGUCUGUAAUAAGAAAGAAAAGAGAGAGAUAUCAUGAUCACUUUCAAUUCGGUUGGAUCGCGAAUCCCGAGCUGGUGAACAGCAUUGCAAUGAUGGAGAUGCCAAAGCCCGGUUUAAUCGUCAUUAACACCAGCACGACUCAUCACCAUAUACCAGACGAUGACCCGAAUAAAUUAACUCCACAUGUCAUUGAAAUGUUCUUGGAACACAUCAGGAAUGAGACUGCUCCGAGGUAUGGGGGUAGCGGUAUCUUAGUGCAGGUCUACAGGUCGUGGUUCGAGAUGAGAACAACACUUGCUUCGAUGUGGAAGGGAAAUCCCAUAUUGACGAUGGUUCUUUUUGGACUUCCAGCUCUGUUUUUCUCGUUGAUUUGUUAUGGAGUCUGCUGUCCUGAUAUUCUCGACGCUGGGGACGAGGAAGAAGAAGAGGAGGAAGACAGCAGUCACAUGAAGAAGGAUUAAGAGGGUUGAAUGAGUACUGGAGUUUCUGAUUUUUACAUAGAAUGAUCUCAAUGACAAUACUGAGGAUUAAGUAGUGGAGUGGUAGAAAGGUUUAUGUUUGAGAUGAGAUUCUUUACAUUGUACAUUUAUCUUGAGAAUGAGGGAUUUCAAGAGAUAAUAUUGAGACUGUUUUUAUUGACAAAGGGGAUUUCCUAUAAUAAGGUUUCCUCUCAAUUUCUCCAGAAAUCACUCAUUACAGAGAUAAUUCUACAAUUACAAUGUACAUCGACUUGACCUUUCUACGACUCUCUUACUGUAUGGCCAUUUUUUUGUUUUUACACUGGAACAAAGUUUUCUUUGUUUUUUCGAAGACUCUUGAUUGAGGAAAAUCAUGAAAAUGUGUGCAUGAGAAUUGUUUAAGUAUUUAUCUAAUGUAUUUGUUCUUUGUUGAGAGUAUUUAUGCAUUCCACCUGAGUCACUCCACAAGUCUUCGACAACUAGAAUCUGUCGACUCCAUUUGAAUUUUUUCUUUCUUAAUAAUUAAGUAUAUAAAAUUUGUGAUUGAGAAAGAGAUUCAUUUAUGGUUGAAAUAUUUGUAUCGUGAUUCAUUUGUAAUCUGUGACGUGAAUUGAGUAACUAAAAUUUAAUAAAAGAGAGAAGUAUAACGUA